ACUGCUUCGACCACACUCUUCUACUGUACAACCUCCUCCGACAUCCUCUCUCUCUCUCUCUCUGUGCCCGGUCGUGCGUGCUUCGCCCCUCAGCGACGCGAGAAUUUUCGAGGGGGGAAGAUGCAGAUUUUGGGCGCGACGAACGACGUGUUGAUGAGCAUUCCGUCGGCAUCGGGUGGAACCCACAAGUCCCCUUCCGAGCUUAGGCAUUUCCACAAUUUCUCGGACUCUAAGUUCUUCCUCUCUGGUGGUUUCGUCAAGAGAUGCCGCUCUUUUGCUAUCCAGACAUUAGGAAAUGGGCGGGGAAAGUAUCGAGCAAGAGGCUCAAUGAUUAGAGCCUCUGGGGAUUUAAGUGACAACCUAGUCCCGGUUGCGCCUCUAACAUUUGAGUCUCCGAUCGGACAGCUUUUGGCACAAAUACUCCAAAAUCAUCCACAUUUACUUUUAGCUGCUGCUGACCAGCAGCUUGAGAACCUCCAAAGUGAAAGAGAUGCUGAAAAAGAAAAGAAUCCUGCAUCAGCAGAUCUACUCUACCAGAGAAUUGCUGAGGUCAAGGAGAAGGAGAGGCGCAAAACACUGGAAGAGAUAAUAUACUGCUUGAUUGUGCAGAGAUUUGUAGAGAAUGACAUCUCAAUGAUCCCAAAGGUUACAGCAACAUCUGAUCCCGCAGGUCGUGUGGAUCUUUGGCCUAACCAAGAAGAGAAGCUCGAGUCUGUCCAUUCUUCCGAAGCUUUUGAAAUGAUACAGAGCCACUUAUCCCUUGUGGCUGGAGACCGGGUCGUGGGACCCCUGGAUACCAUUAUACAGAGUAGCAAAAUCAAACUUGGAAAACUGUACGCUGCUUCUAUAAUGUACGGGUAUUUCCUUAGAAGAGUGGACGAGCGAUUUCAACUUGAAAGGACCAUGAACACUCUUCCUGAGGGAUAUACUGAGAAUCGGGGGAGGUCGAAGGAUCCAAUACCGACAAGCCCAUUUUGGGAUCCAGAUUCUUUGAUCAGAAUUCCACCUGAUGAUGGUAGCGAUGGUGACGGAGGUGGUUUCAUGGAUUCUGAAGAAGGCAAAGUAUAUAGACUCCGAUCGUACGUGAUGUACUUGGAUCCGGAGACUCUUCAGCGAUAUGCGACCAUAAGAUCCAAGGAGGCUAUUUCCUUAAUUGAGAAGCAGACACAAGCAUUGUUCGGGAGGCCUGAUAUAAGGGUCGCGGAGGAUGGUUCCAUCGACACGUCGAGCGACGAAGUUGUCUCCCUUGCGUUCUCCGGGUUGACGAUGCUGAUUUUGGAGGCAGUAGCCUUCGGAUCGUUCCUGUGGGACACGGAAAACUACGUCGAGUCCAAGUACCAAUUUGUGAAAAGCUAGAGACUUUUUUUUUGGAAGAGUAGAUGUUCUUGGGAGCUGUACAAAAGGGUAAUCUUCCUCACAUGUUUCUCUUAGGUUGUUCAUAGUGCAUCAAAUCAUCAAACAAUGUGCUCAUAUUGAUAUACAGAUAUGGUAUGUGAUUUCGGACCCGGGUUCCAUUACACCCUAAAGCGAGACGAUACUUCAGAUUGUUGCC